AUUUCGUUAAAAGUUUCGUUCGAUAUCGUAGAAGCGUAGAAUUUACGUAUAAUUUUGCAAAAAAACUUUGAAAAAUAUUUGCGUGUUGGUUUUCCUAAAUAUAUACCUAUUAAGUCUCCGUUUCAUUAACUUUCAAUCGAUAAGAAUUUAAGUUAUAAUUUUCACGCAUUGAAAACAAAAAUUUGUCAAAUGUUUUUGUUGCAAAAAAGUAGAAUCGCUGUAUCAAGCUUCAGUCGUAUAGUGUUGCCUUACCAAAAUUCGUUUGGGUUUUCUUCUGAACUCCAACCUCGAAGUAAUGAAAACAAACCGGAAAAUGUCGAGGAGGCUCCUGAAAAAGAUAGACUUUACUCUCAUCUUGAAAUUGAAUUGAAAGGAAUUGAGCCAGAAGUGAUGAAAAGUUAUGUAUGGUUUGCAAAAACAGCUGCUAAACAUUUAGACAUCGAAGUGGGAAAAUGCUACGCUCCGAAAAAAUCUACCAGAACUAGAUGGAGUAUUCUGAAGUCUAUUCAUGUUCAUGCAAAACAUCAUGCUCAAUACGAAGUUCGGACUUAUUAUUACUUUUUAAACUUUCACAACCUCACCCAGUCUACACUUGAAACAUAUUUAGAAUACAUUCAACGUAAUUUACCGGAAGGAACUGGUAUGAAAGCAACAAAGGUGGAAUUACAGGCAAUACCAGAGCAUAUUAAGGUCAAUCCUUCAUAGAAUUUCUGUAACAAGAAAGAAUUAAAAACGAUAUAAUAAUAUAGAAAUUACUGUAAAACUAGA